AUGGGAGGCCCUAAAAUCAAUUUUCCAUUGCAAAAGUUCACUGAGAUUUACAUUGUUAUAAUUGUAAAACUUCAUGGUAUUCCAUCAAGUAUUCUGUUGGAUAGAGAUCUGAGGUUCACUUCCAGAUUUUGGGAGAGCUUACAUGAAGCUUUGGGUAUUAAGUUGAGGUUAAGUUCUGCUUGUCAUCCACAUACUGAUGGUCAAAAUAUGGAGACUAUCCACUAUCAUUCGAGCAUUGGAAUGAAACUGUUUGAAGCAUUGUAUGGGAGGAGGUAUUGGACUCCUCUAUGUUGGUAUGAGUCUAGAAAGAGUGUUGUUCCUGGACCAGAGAUUGUCCAACAAACUACAGAGAAAGUGAAGAUGGUCCAAGAGAAGAUGGUCCAAGAGAAGAUGGAGAUUUUCCAUAGGAUUGGAGUUGUCGCUUAUAGGGUGGCCUUGCCACCGUCUCUUUCGAAUCUUCAUGAAGUUUUCAAUGUGUCUCAUCUUCGGAAGUAUAUUCCUUAUAUGUUGUAUAUUAUCCAGAUGGACGAUGUGCAAGUGAGAGGGAAUCUGAUUGUGGAAGCAUUGCCCAUAAGGAUUGAGGAUCAAGAAGUUAAGCAACUUAGAGGAAAAGAGAUUGCUUUAGUGAAGGUGGUCUGGGGAGGACCUACUGGGGGGAGUCUAACUUGGUAA